AUGAAAUCUCGCAGCGGCUCGAGCGUGCCGUUCUUCCCCUCGCAGAGCCGUCAGGCCCGGUGUGCCGAUGGGACUCGGCCCCUGCACGGCUGUGGAGCGCAGGAAGGCAGCACCACUGCGGCUUCCGAACCAAGGCCAGCCCUGCUUAGGUUUCUGUGCGCCUGUGAUCCGGUUCAGAGCGCGGAAUGUUCGGAGGAAGUAAAUCCCGGCCAGACGGACCAGGAGGGAUACGGUGUUUCCCCGCGCGCUUCGUUCUACCGCCUGCCCAUGUCCCUGCAUGCACCUGGGCCACUGGUAGCACUCGAGCUGCUCCGGCCGGUUCCCCACAACAGACCGCUUCCCGACGGACUGACUGCGCUACUGUUACCGACCCCGAGACCACAACAGACCGUCCAGGAGACGGGUGCACGCGUUGUGGAAGUCUGGUGCGAUCUCGACCAGGUGUCUGUGCGCGUGGACGGUUUCCAGCUGCGCGCGUGGAACGUCCCGUCCCUGUUCCGACUGGGCUCGUGCGAAGCCAGCAGCGCCAGCCCCCGCUUCCUGUUCUUCCGCUUCAGACUGACGGAAUGCGGCGGAGAGUCCAAGGUCGGGACACAUGGGUUUCAUUACUCUUACCAAGUUGGCUUCAGACCUCAGGUCCAGCACACAACCUUGAUAAAGAGCAUCAGGAGUAAACGCAGCUACAGCCUCACUGUCUGCAAUGCCCAGGGGGAGCCCAUACCUCCAGGCCACUGGUUCUUUCUAGGGGAGCCAGUGUAUUUUGUGGCCCAGACAGGAGUGCUGCUUGCUGGGGAGAGGCUUUAUGCAGAUGCAUGCUAUGCCACGAGCUCCAAAGACAGCUGCAUGGCCGACAGCAAUAGGGAGGGCAGCAGCUCCCGGUUCCUGUCGGAAGGAGGCAGUGUGCUGAAGUUCUCUGUGGAUGCCUUUCUAUUCAGAGCAGUCUUACAAGUGGGAGGAGCUGGAGGCCACAGCCUCAGUAUGCACCUGCUGUGAUUCCAUCUGCACGGAAAUGCAGGACUUGAGCAGUCCAGGCUGGCUCAUUGGACAAAGGGCUGAAGAGAAACCAAGGAUGCAGGUGACGUCUUUUCAAGCAGAGGAGGGAAGACAAAGGCUGGAUCAUGAAGAGAAGAGGGGCGAAAGAAAGGAUGAGCACCCUAAGAAAUUCCGCACUUUUCCACAGGAGACACAGGCUGGCAAUGAGGAGGAGAAUAAAGAAGCCAUUCCUUAGAAGACUGCUGUGAAGACCGAAUGGCAGCACAGUGCUGCAGCCGGCCAGCAGGGAAAGACAGGACGAAAGCAAGACGGAAGAUGUGCCUAUCACUGCAAGAGAGUUUUCAAGUGUUAUGUCUGCUCCUAUCAGUGCAGAGAGCUUUGGGACGAAGUACAAGAAUUUUCAAAAACCAUUACAAGACCACACAGGCUCAGUUCUGGUUCGGUUAGGUCAGAGGGAAUGCUUCAAGACACCCCAGUUCCUCAGAUGUGGUGACCAUUAUCACGCAUGGUUCGGAGAGCAGCCAGGCGUCUGACUGGGACUGGGCCCGGUUGGUGCCAGGGUGGGGCGAGGAGUGGAGACGGAAGGCAAUGGAUGACUUCUAUUAAGAUAAGACUGAUAGACUUGGAGGUGUUGACGUUUGGUGUUGGAGGAACAGAUGGAAACACUCUUAUGCAGUCUAAUCCAAUUCAACAGCCCACCAAAUAUCUUUUAAUAAAGAUUAUCAAAUUCAGUUUUUGUUGACUGGUCCACUGCUGUAUAAAUAGACAAAAUAUUGGAAACGCGUGUCACUAUGAUGCAUCUAGCAUAACGUCACCACAAACCAACAGUUUAACAUGUCUGAAUGGGACUGAAUGGGACCAAACCAUGCUGAGCUGUUGUAUGAUGGUGAGCUAUUCCAACAUGGAUGAGGGGCAGAGGGAGAGAAUCCACACACGGAGCAUCAGCAGGAGCAAGUCAAUCUCACCAGGCUUUUAUGACAACUGAUUGAAACCUUACAAUCACUUAUUUCAAAGGUUCUAGGUUUGUGGAACAUUUCUGGAAACCUCCAGGACCAUGAACAGCCGAGUGGAACGUUGGAACUCCCAAACUGCUCCUAUGGAACAUGGAGGACUUGAAACCAGGCCGGACUUUCAGGCAAACUUAUGUCCGGACUGUAGCAGAGCGUGGUGUUCAGCUGGCUGUAUCCAUGUAGUAUGUUUGAAUAAUAAACUUCUCUGACUAUG